UAUUAAACUGGAUACCAUAAACUCUGGUUUAAUAAUUCAAAAGAAUUAAACAUAUCUUUAAUUAAGUCAUUGGUUGUGAUAUGCAUAUCAUUAAUAACAUGUAAUAAUUUCCCACAGCAUUCAUCUGUCAUUAUCAUUAAAUAUGGAAAAUAGAUUGACCACCCCCAACCUCAUUAUUUAUUAACCUCAUCGUUUAAUCUCCAUCGACAUCUUUGGUUAACAUAUUCUCUUUAUAUACUUCAGUUUCAGACAAGAACCCAACCAUAAAAAACAUCAAAACUUUUGUUCUUUUCUUCUUUAACAUAUCAGCGAAAAAUUUAAAAUGGGGAACUGUCAAGCGGCGGAGGCAGCGACGGUUUUGAUCCAUCACCCGUCGGAGAACAAGGUUGAGAGGAUUUACUGGUCGGUGACCGCAAGCGACGUCAUGAAAUCCAAUCCUGGUCAUUACGUUGCGGUGGUAGUGACAUCACCGACAUUGAGGAACGAGAAAGGAUCUCUCUUGAAGCAGCUCAAGCUCCUUCGACCAGAUGACACUUUACUCAUCGGACAUGUUUAUCGUCUCGUCAGCUUUGAAGAGGUUUUGAAUGAGUUUGCGACGAAGAAGUGUGUGAAGCUUGGGAAGCUAAUGAAAGAAGGAGGAGGACUCGAGCUGAAGAAGAGGAAGAAACACAAGCAGAAGACGGGUCAAGAAACGGGUCGGAUCAACCGACAAUCUGAUCCGAGUGAAAAUGUCGCCGGAGAAGACGGUGUAGAUGGGUUUAUUAUAAGGCGGAGCCAAAGCGGAGGAAGAGGUAGAGGUGGCUGGAGGCCAGCUUUACACAGCAUUCCGGAACUUGGACCCUCAUGAGACUUUAAAAGCGUAGAUAUUCCUUGAAGCUAUCCGACAACAUUGACAUUAAAGUUUUAUGUAAAGCGAUGUUAUUAGUGUUAUAUAUGCUUUAAUGAAGAUUCAAAAUAUGUUAAAGAACUUUAGCUG